AUGUUAAAUAAUAAUUUAAGUCAAAAUGGUCAAUCCAUUUUUAUCGAAGAUGAUUCCAGUCGAGAUAAAUCAUUUAAACGUUAUCAAACUAUUGCUUAUCGGAUUUGUUUAUUUACAAUCAUACUUGAUAUAAUACUUGGUUUAACAGCAUUUAUUAAUUGUAUGCUUGAUAAAUCAUCUGUUGGUUUAAGUUAUUCAAUUGAUACAUUAAUGGAUUCAAUUUGUAUUUGUUUUGUUGCUUGGCAUUUAAAAGCUCAAACAAUGGAUGAUUUUAAACGACGAGAUUAUCUUGUUUGUUGUGUUAUAGGUGCACUUUUUAUCGGUUCAUUUUUAGCUAUUGAAUCUCGUGCUAUACAAUCUAUGAUUGUUCCACAAGCACCAACUGGUGAUUGGCUAUUACUUGCUUAUUCCGUAACUCAUAUUAUUAUAUUUACGAUUUUAUCAAUUGCUAAAAUAAUUCUUUCAAAAAAACUUAAUUCAAAAUCUUUAAUGGCUGAUGCACUUAAUUCAAUUAUUGGAAUUAUUAUGGCUGUACCUUUAAUAUUAUGGGAUCGUAUACAUAUAUUAAAUCAACAUACACAAUUUGAUGAUUUAAUAUCCAUUAUAAUGGCUUUAUUUUUACUUGUUAUGGGUUGGACAUUAGUUCAUAAUGGAAUAAAAUAUCAUAAUAAACUUUAUUUGCAAUCAUUAAAUCAUCGUGCAAGUAUUGACGGGAAUUUAAAUGCACAAACUGUACUUUUACCAUUAAAUCAAAAUCGAUCAAAUACAGAUGACACACAUAAACAGUUUUUAGCUCUCGAUAAAGAUCUUGAAGCUGGAGAAAACGAAAAUAAAUAG